AGUAGCUAGUUGUCCACUUCCCCAAGACCCGUAAACUAAAACAACAGGUUGUUGUGCAUUACUGUCGAAACUCUUGUUAUCCUCCUCAACCAGGUGGCACCGAAGAUCAUAUUCUCUCUUGUGAUCCACUGAAGAUGAUCGAUUCCUCUCUGAGUUCUUUGGGAGCAAAAGUUGUCGUCGCUGCAUCCAGCGAUGAGAAUCACCCACCAGAAAACAUCAUUGACGGAAACACUAAAACCUUUUGGAUGUCGACCGGGAUGUUUCCUCAGGAGUUCAUCAUCCGCUUUGCUGAACCCAAGAAGAUCUCUGCUGUGACUGUGGACAGCUACAAUGUUAAGCAUCUAAAGAUAGAAAAGAAUACCUCACAAAAUGCUUCUCAAUUUGAGUCUGUCACAGAGAAAGAAUUUGAACAUACAGAAGGACAUCUUCAGUCAAACGCUAUAUCGCUAAAUGGAAGCAGUGCAACCCACCUUCGGUUUAUCAUCACCACAGGUUAUGAUCACUUUGUUUCAGUGCACAGAGUCAAUGUACAAAACUGACACACUUGAUUUUUGUGAAUUAAAACCUGACAUUUUUUGUAUAUACUGUGUAUGGCUUUUUGUCAGUAUUUGUAAAUAUGAGUAGAUCUCAUUAGAUGCUCAGUCUGUUUUGAUAAGGGACACGCACACUGACCCACAUAUCUUCUCCCUCAUGGUAGACAGUGGUAGUAGUUACUGUGACUCUGAUAAGAAUAUUCCAUGAAUA